CUGAGUCCAUCACAAUUAUCCAAAUGAAGAAAUCCAAAAACAUUUGCUGUUUCCACCAAAUAAAUAAAUGUGAUUUCUCUUUGUUUUCCAGUCAAUCUGCCACUGAUGCCUGGACUGUGGAGGUCAUAACAGACGAGGAGGAGUGGUCAUAUGACUUUAACUCAUCAGUUGAAGAGUCCGAAGGUGAGGACAGGAGAGACACCCCGGUGAAGAAGCCUUCCCAUUGCUGUAAGCUCUUCAGCUCCACUAAAGGGAUCCUGGCAGCGCUGCUGGCCGGUGGAGUGCUAUCGGGAUUCAUCCCCAUCCUGAUCAGACUACCUGAAGACUCCGAGAACAUCUCAAUGCUGCAGAUCCUCCUGCUCUGUUCCCUCCUUCACCUCUUGGUCUCCAUCUUCCUACUGUGUCACCGCAAGAACCGGACUUGGAUGUGUUUGGGCCCCACACAGACUUGGCCGCGUGGUCUCAUUUUCAGCCUCAUCCAGCUCAUUUGUAUGGGCUGUGCAUACACCUCCUUCACACACAUGCCUAUGGGCCUCACGACCACUGUAACAAAAGGUUCUUAUGCAAUCUCGUCUACGGUCAUAGUGCUGUGCAUCGCUAAUUUCAGCCUUUCUGCUUGCACCUACAUGGGGCUCUUUUGUACUUUAUUGGGUCUGCUCAUCUCAACGCUCCCAGGCUUCAUUCACAGUCACUCCAACCUUGAUUUGAAUGUCUUCUUAGGGUACACCCUUGCCUGCCUGGGUGGAGCAGCCCGCUCCGUCGGUUUGAGUAUUUUUCAGUCCUUCACACACAAGGCCAAAUUUAAUGGGGCUCUCGUUUUGUUUGGAGUUGUGGGCUGUUUGAUCUGUGGUCCUGCCCUUCUGUUUAUCCCACUGGUCUGGCCAGGUAGGGUCCUAUCCUGGGUUUGUAUGCUCACCAUUGCUCUCUUGGGACUUGUCAUUUUCAUGGCUUCCAACUAUGCUGUCACCAUGAUUCACCCUGUUCUGGUGUGUGGCCUGCUGCAGUCCGAAGUAGUGACCUCCUUUAUUAUCCAGUCAGUCACACUGAAGGAUCCGGUUGGGGUCCCUGAAAUCAUCGGAAGCUGUGUGACUGCAGUGAGCUUCGUACUUCUGAUUGUUGAAAGUAUAAAGCAGGAUGCUUCCCGUAAAAACAAUAAUCCCCACGAUGGGUCAGGAGAGAAGAAAUCACUCAUCCCUGCCAGUAUGUGACACCUAGAAGGAUCAGCAGACAAUCCUUUCUUAUUGGGUGGACAUGACUUGAACAAUCCACUUAAUGGACAACAAUGGCAAUGGCUUUAAAGUGAUGGACACAAACGUGUUUAUUUCAUGUUGAAGUCAUCUCCCAUUCCUGGUUGUAGGGGUCCAAGGAUUAAAUUCGCUUGGCCUUCCUUAACAUUGUGGGGUCCAUUGUGGAAUCUGGUAUUCUCCAUGCAGUGUUCCUCCUCAGAACCUGUUUUAGGGUCCCUUCGUGUUGACAGCAAGACCUUUUAUGAAAAGGGUACAGCUUCUGUGAGUUCAAAGUAAGUUUUUUAUCCCCAAAACAGUUAAGUAAUUGAACCCUGUCAGCCCACCUCAACACGACAACAGCGUGCCAAUUGUGGGUCCUCUUCCAUGUUCCUCUAACUCCUGAAUCUUCUGAAAUUCAUUCUGAGCUAAAGGUGGGCUGGUGUUACAAGAGUUUCCUACUGUCCUUUGAACUGUUAAAUUUAUAACAA